UAUAUAAAAAGAAGCAUUGAGUGCAGACUCAUGCACACACCUUAAUGUUUUCUUCUUCUUGUUCUUUCUCUUUUCUUCUGACUCGUCGUUAAUGCAUUCUUCUUCAAUACUCAUAACUCUGCCUUGAAUGUUGGGUUUGAGCAUUUCUCUUCCUUUCAUGCCCUUCCCCUCUUCCUUUGGAUCCUCCAAAACCGCUUGGUACUAUCGCUGCUUAGGCCUCGACCCUUGAACCUUAAGUCGUUUCCCACUUCGAUUCACGAGCAAAGUUGCGAUCUUUGGGGGUUUGGUCCAUCUGGGUCGGUGCGUAAUUUGAAUUUGAAGAGCGUGAUGACGAAGAAGAGUGGGUUUGAGAAGAUGGUAUUGCAGAAGAACAAGAGCAAGGGGAAGAACUGGUCCGAGGAGCAGAAAACGAGGAGCAGCAACAGGUUUUUGGUGACGAUCAACAUAAUGGGGAGUGCGGGUCCCAUAAGGUUUGUGGUGAAUGAGAAAGAGCUUGUUUCAGGGGUCAUUGAUACUGCUCUCAAAUCCUAUGCUAGAGAAGGGAGGCUUCCUGUUUUGGGAUUUGAUGCUGCCAAUUUCCAUCUUUACCUUGCAAAUGCAGGGUUUGAUGCUCUGAGUCCAUUGGAACCGAUAGGAUCUUUUGGAGCGAGGAAUUUUGUGCUGUGCAAAAAGCAAGUGUACUCAUCAAACACAGGAUCACAAUCUGAGUUGGUGUCUCAAAAGAGCAAUGGUGGUGGCUGGAAAGCAUGGUUAAACAAAUCAUUUGGUUUGAAAAUCGUAUCCCAUUAAGACAUAUUAUUAUCGUUUACAUGUGAAGGUGUACCAAGUUCCCUUUGUAUUCUGCAUUGUGCUUUGGUCACUAUAUGAUUGUGGCAACUAUGCUAAGUACUUCAUAAGUUUUGCCCAAUCUUCAGGAGACAAGAUUGAAUAAUUUGUGUUGUUCCCUUCUUCGUUGUUAAAACAAAAGAUGCUCGAUCUUUAGAAAUU